AUGCUCAAAUAGUAACCUUAAUCAGCAAAGAGUGGAAAUGCUAUUAAACAAAAAAAAGAAACUCUAGAAAGAUUUGCUUAUUGUAAUAGUUAAUAAUUGUUCUAAAACAAUAUUUUUGAUCUGAGACAAUUUAUAAAAUAGAAUUAUGAAAAAUAUUGUGAAUUAUUAGAGAGAGUAGAAAAUGGAAAAUAAUUGGUGAAGUAAAAGAAAGAAUGUUUAGAAUAAUUAAAAAGCAAAUCUGAAAAUAAAACAAAUAAACCUAAAGCCAAUUUAUGUGUAUAAGAUGAGUUAACUUAAUUAAAGAGACAAAUUGAAAACAAAUAGGCUAUGAACAAUGAACUUAAAUGUUAAUUAGAAUAAAUGAAUUAAUGGACAAAAAAAUAAGAUUUCUUUUAAGAAUAUUAAGAAAUUUGUAAAUAGGUUGAGGAUUUAAGAAUAUAAAAUGAUUAAUUAUUAAAAGCAUGA